GUUGGACUGGCUGCAAAACAAAGUAGAAUAAGAAAUAUUUCAAAUACAGUAGUGAAAGUAAAGCAGAUCCUGGGAAGAAGAUACAUGGUUGUACCAGGUCUCAGCCUUGGAAGCAUUCCGCCCUUUGUGGAGGAGCCAAUUCUUUUGUUAUGAAGCCAUUAAGCCCUGGUCCAGUACCUACCCUGGGUGAACUCCCAAAGUUGGGCUUUCUGAAUCUGGGCCUCAUGCCUAUUUAUGACCUACGUAUAGGCAGCACUACUUGCUGCCUAAAAAUCCUUACACCCUCCCUGUGUUACUCCAUUCCCUUGUGGCCUUCCAUCCAGAAGUGUGGUCCUUGGACCUGACUUCUCAGCAAAUACCCUGAGAGGGAAGAAUGGACUGGCUCCUGGAAAUACACUGAGAGUACACAGAGCUUCCCCACAUCUUCAGAUUUGUGCACCUGUGGCCCGGGAGCUUGCUGCAGUACCUUUCCUUUCCAGCUCACUAUGGCCACCACCAGUAGCAGUGCGGGCAUCCGGUGGUCCAGACAGGAGACACGAACUCUUCUCUCCAUACUAGGCGAGGCAGAGUAUAUUCAACGCCUCCAGACUGUACAUCAUAAUGCAGAUGUCUAUCAGGCUGUGUCCAAGCGAAUGCAGCAGGAAGGCUUCCGCCGCACCGAACGCCAGUGCCGCUCCAAGUUUAAAGUUCUGAAGGCAUUAUAUUUAAAGGCCUAUGUUGCCCACGCCACCAGCAUGGGGGAUCCACCGCACUGUCCAUUUUAUGAUACGCUGGAUCAGCUUCUUCGAAAUCAGGUAGUGACUGACCCAGACAACCUAAUGGAGGCUGCUUCUUGGGCCAAGCACUGUGAUCAGAACUUGGUGGCCUCUGACACCCCAAGGGAAAAGAGAACUUCCAUUGUGAAAGCAGAAAGGACUCAGGUGACUGAUCGUCAGCCUUUCUUGAAAAGAGUUAAGGAAUCAGAUGAAGAUUGUCAGCUGAGAAUCAGUGACCGGAUUCGAGAAGCCAGUGACCUUGAGGACUCCUGGGAUGAAUCGUCGGGUGCAGGGUGCUCUCAAGGGACCCCCAACUACAGCAGCUCCCACAACCUUUUCAGAGGUGCAGCUGUUCCCUGUCAGAGCAGUCCCAUGACCAGACUGGGUGUGUCAGGUGAGCCCAUUCCCAGCACCAGCCGAAACCCUCCUGGGGCAGCCUCCACUUCACAGCCUCCAGGUUCCUCUUCCACAGUUGGUUUGGUCUCUGGUGGAGAUAGACCUUUGGCCAGUGAGCCCCCUCCAAGGUGGGCAAGGCGAAGAAGGAGGUCAGUGGCCAGGACUAUUGCAGCUGAGUUGGCAGAAAACAGGAGGUUGGCACGAGAACUUUCAAAGCGAGAGGAAGAAAAACUGGAUAGGUUGAUUGCUAUUGGUGAAGAGGCCAGUGCCCAACAAGAUGCUGCCAAUGAGCUGCGCAGGGAUGCUGUCAUCGCGGUCAGACGCUUGGCAACAGCAGUGGAAGAAGCUACUGGUGCUUUUCAGCUAGGACUCGAAAAAUUGCUUCAAAAGUUGAUUUCAAAUGCCAAAAGCUAGGAACUGACUGUGAAAGAAUAUACUUCAUAAACAAAAGUCUCCUCACACCUGCCUUCUGAUACCACAGCACCUUUUUUUGUCCUCACAAAAGUGUAGUGAAUCGUUGAUAUGCAGAGGAACAGGAGUAUACUUGUGAGUUCUUUUUAUCAAGAUUCUCCACUAAGUGAAAGACCAUUUAGAAAUGAGAGGUGCCUAGUAGAAACCAUGGAAUCAAAUCCAAGAGAGCUAGUUUGUCUUGGCUUUCUCUAUGAUUGGAGGCAAUUUCCUUUACCUCUCUACAAUAGCUUCCUCAUCUUGAAAUGAGGGAUAGCUACUAAUUCCUGCCCUGCCUACCUCACAGGGCUGUUGUGAGGAUCAGGUGGCUAAUAGAUGUGAAAGGGUUUAAAAGCACUAUAUAAAUGUAUGUUAUUAAUGUGUAUGGCCUUGGCUGGAGCAAGGCUAGGGAGAGCAUAUUACUUUACAGGAUAUAAAAGUGUGGUUGUAUACCUUGACCUGUUGCUUAAAUCUGGUAGUUUAAUUUGACUGCUUCAUGGAGUUUGAGGUCUUAGAUUUUAAAAUCCUCCUAUGGUUCAUUAGACUAAUGUAGGCACAAUGUAUUUUUCCCUUUGUUUCAUUCUUCAUUGCUGUGUCUCUGACUUUUCUACUAGUCAACACAGUUGAUAAUAAUCCAACCUGUCAAACCUUCCUUUUACUACUUCUUGGUCUCCUAUUAAGGGUAUAACAGAACUAAUGAGAGUCACAGUAGUGUUAAUGCUUCUUAUUGAUCAUCUGUGAUAGGUGGAUAUUGGCUGUUUUAUAAAACAGUAAGUGUAAGUAAAUUCUUUAUAUUUCAUAUUAUUUGGGUCCCUUUCUAUGCAUAAGUUACAUCUUUAAAUUUUAAUUGCCCUUUGAACCUUAGAGAAACAAUUUGAAUUGUAGCAGUUUGAGAUCUGCUUUUAGUUAAUUUCAUUUUUUUCUAUUAGCUUGUUGUUGUUAGGGGUUUUUGUUUGUUUUGUUUGUUGUUUUUGCCUACUAUGUUUUAAAGGCCCUAGAAAGCUUUCCCUUUGGGGAACUUGCCAAAGUUACUUUUUGCCUGAUGACCUAGGUAAAAGUUGAUCUGGUCAUUGGCAGAUGGUGAAAUAGACCAGUUUCAUUUUCCCUUUAGUUUUGAGAACACUGGAGGUGGUGUAGAUAGACUCCUUUUAAACUCAGUCCUCACCCAACACAUAUCACCUUUGGGAGAGGUGAUGGUGGUGGUAGGCAACAUCCCCAGUUUUCCCUCACUCAAUCCUUUUAGUAGUUAACAUAAUACUUUCAGAGAACACACAUCUGGGAUUUAAAAAGCUUUCCUGCAGUCUAGCUGGGAAAGAAAUAAGAGGGCGUGUUGGAAAAGGCUUUGUUUUAUAUAUAAACCGGUGCUUAUCUAACUGCUGACAAUGCAAAUGGGACCCACCUGGCGCCAUGUGUAUGUGGCAAGUAAAGUGGUGGGUAUGUGAAGGAGCCAGUGUGGUAGGAUACACUGGUAUAUAGUUAAAACUCCUGGACCCCAGUCCUGUCGCAGUGGUUUCAUUGGGCAAAAUCACUUGCCCCUAUCGUGCCUCAAGCUCUUUAUCUCUAAAUCAAUAUAUUUGUUGUAGGUUGGUUUUUUCCUAGUACCUUUGAGUUCUAAAAAAUAGUUUAAGGCAAAAUACAGGCUCAAGGAGUGGCUCAAGCUGUAGAGUAUAUGCCUGCCUGCCAUGUACAAAACCUGGGUUUAUACCCCAGUACUACCAAAAAAAAUGAGUGUGAUACUCCCAUUUUCAGUUACAGUGGCAUACUAAUGCAUGUUUGAAGUACUGGUAACAAUUGUAUUUUAACAAUUACAUUCUGGGUGUUGAUGUUUGUUGAUAGCCCUGGAACAUCUAAGCACCACACUAGUACAGAGUGCUUACUUUCAGAAAGCAUGUAUUAAGGCAUUGAGAUAGAUACAUAAAUUUAUGUUGUGUUACUCGUUUUAGCCGUUCUAUGGAAGGAUAUGUGUCCCUUACACCAAUGUAACACUAGUACAGAUGAGUACAUAAGUAGAUAUUCUGGGAAAACAGGAAAGUAUAACUAACAGUAGCAAAAUACUUAGGCAGGAAUUUCUUUUGAGUAAGAGAAGUACAAAAGUAGCAGUGGAGUAAAGUUUACAGAUAGUAUUGUAAAAAUCUGAUGGGCGUAGUAACCAUAAUGUAGAUAUGAUAGGAAAAGGUCCUGAAGAAGUAAACAAAACACUGACUAUCAAUGCAGGGAAGUUGCUGUAAAGAGAGCCCAAAUCCCAGAAAGCAAGCUAGGAAUCCUGCCUAAGCUCUAACCAUUAUACUGCCUAGACAUACUCAGACAAGGCUUUCACCAUUCCAUAACUCAGGUUCCUCAUCUAAAGUGGAAACUGUUGUCCUCCCUACCUCACAGGGAUGUUGUGAGGAUCCAGUGGACAGAUGAAUGAAUGUAAAGUGCUGUUAAACUCAUAGGCACAAUGAUAUAACAGGAGUUGGGAAGGUACUUCAGUGCUGGUAUUGCCAAGCCAGGGAGCUUGAUGGCUAAGAGAUAGUGAAGGAGGAAGAGGAAAUGGCCUCCCUUUUAAAGUUUGUGCCUACUGGUAGAGUUGACACUGCAUCCUGAUGACCAUGAUGUGAACAAGGUGCUUACUGUAUACCAGCCUCCCACCAGCUUUGUUUUUCUGUUAAACAAUUUAUUCCUAGUGUGGACAAAUAAAGUUUUUACUUGUGUGUA